GAUGGCUCGCUUCGGAGACGAGGUGCCGGCCCGCUACGGGGCUGGCGGCUCCGGGGGCGCUGGCUCCGGGGGCGCGGCGGGCGGUGGAGGCGGCCGGGGUGCAGGGGGCAGCCGGCAGGGCGGACCGCCCGGGGCCCAGAGGAUGUACAAGCAGUCGAUGGCCCAGCGAGCCCGCACCAUGGCUCUCUACAACCCCAUCCCCGUCCGGCAGAACUGCCUGACUGUCAACCGGUCCCUGUUCCUCUUCAGCGAGGACAAUGUGGUGAGGAAAUACGCCAAAAAGAUCACCGAAUGGCCUCCUUUUGAAUACAUGAUUUUAGCUACUAUCAUAGCAAACUGCAUUGUUCUUGCUCUGGAGCAGCACCUGCCUGAUGAAGACAAGACCCCGAUGUCAGAACGACUGGAUGACACAGAACCAUAUUUCAUCGGAAUCUUUUGUUUCGAGGCUGGAAUUAAAAUCAUCGCCUUAGGGUUUGCUUUCCACAAAGGCUCCUAUCUGAGGAAUGGAUGGAAUGUGAUGGACUUCGUGGUGGUUCUCACAGGCAUCUUGGCAAAAGUCGGCUCUGACUUCGACCUGCGAACGCUGCGGGCAGUUCGUGUGCUCCGGCCACUAAAGCUGGUGUCGGGGAUUCCAAGUUUACAAGUUGUUCUGAAGUCCAUCAUGAAGGCUAUGAUACCUCUGCUACAAAUUGGCCUACUCUUGUUUUUUGCAAUCCUUAUUUUUGCAAUCAUAGGAUUAGAAUUUUAUAUGGGAAAAUUUCACACCACCUGCUUUGACUUGGUGACAGGCGAAAUCAAGGUCGAUGUUCCAUGUGGGACAGAAGAACCAGCCCGCAUGUGCCCCAAUGGGACAGAAUGCCGUGAGUACUGGGAAGGCCCGAAUUACGGGAUCACGCAGUUCGAUAACAUCCUGUUUGCUGUGCUGACUGUCUUCCAGUGUAUCACCAUGGAAGGGUGGACCGAACUCCUUUAUUAUAGCAACGAUGCCUCAGGGAACACUUGGAACUGGGUGUACUUCAUCCCCCUCAUCAUCAUUGGCUCCUUUUUUAUGCUGAACCUUGUGCUGGGGGUGCUGUCUGGGGAGUUUGCCAAGGAAAGAGAGCGGGUGGAGAACCGGCGGGCGUUUCUCAAGUUGAGACGGCAGCAGCAGAUUGAGAGGGAGCUCAACGGCUACAUGGAGUGGAUCUCCAAAGCGGAAGAAGUGAUCCUAGCGGAGGAUGAGACGGAGGAAGAGCAGAGGCUCCCGUUUGAUGCUCUGCGGAGAGCCACCAUCAAGAAAAGCAAGACAGACCUGCUGAACCCGGAGGAGGCAGAUGAUCAGCUGGCCGACAUCUCCUCAGUGGGUUCACCCUUUGCUCGAGCCAGCAUCAAAAGUGCCAAGCUGGAAAACUCCACCUUUUUUCACAAAAGGGAGAGGAGGAUGCGUUUCUAUAUCCGCCGAAUGGUCAAAACUCAGGCCUUUUACUGGACAGUCCUCAGUCUGGUAGCACUCAACACCUUGUGUGUUGCUAUAGUACACUACAGCCAGCCAGAUUGGCUAUCCGACUUCCUCUACUAUGCAGAAUUCAUUUUCUUAGGACUCUUUAUGUCCGAAAUGUUUAUAAAAAUGUACGGGCUCGGAACGCGGCCUUACUUCCACUCCUCCUUCAACUGCUUCGACUGCGCCGUUAUCAUAGGGAGCAUCUUUGAGGUGAUCUGGGCUGUCAUGAAGCCUGGAACAUCCUUUGGAAUCAGCGUGUUACGAGCUCUCAGGUUAUUGCGUAUUUUCAAAAUCACAAAGUACUGGGCUUCCCUACGGAACCUGGUGGUGUCUCUCCUGAACUCCAUGAAGUCCAUCAUCAGCUUGCUGUUCCUUCUCUUCCUCUUCAUCGUCGUCUUUGCCCUUUUGGGGAUGCAGCUCUUUGGGGGCCAGUUCAAUUUUGACGACGGGACCCCUUCCACCAACUUUGACACUUUCCCAGCAGCAAUAAUGACAGUAUUUCAGAUCUUGACUGGCGAAGACUGGAACAUGGUAAUGUACGAUGGUAUCAAAUCUCAGGGCGGAGUCCAUCAGGGGAUGGUGUACUCGGUCUAUUUCAUUGUUCUGACCUUGUUUGGUAACUAUACCCUGCUGAACGUGUUUUUGGCUAUCGCCGUGGAUAACCUGGCUAACGCACAGGAGCUCACCAAGGAUGAACAAGAAGAGGAGGAGGUGGCCAACCAAAAACUUGCACUACAGAAAGCCAAGGAGGUGGCGGAAGUGAGCCCCCUGUCUGCAGCCAGCAUGUCUAUAGCGGUGAAAGAGCAGCAGAAGAACCAAAAAUCCUCCAAGUCUGUCUGGGAACAGAGAACGAGCGAGAUGCGGAAGCACAAUCUGCUGGCGAGCCGGGAAGCCCUGUACAAUGAGAUGGACCCCGAGGACCAGUGGAAGGUGACCUAUGCCCGGGCCAUGCGGCCUGACAUCAAGACCCACCUGGACCGGCCGCUGGUGGUUGACCCCCAGGAGAAUCGCAACAACAACACCAACAAGACCCGGCCCAGCGAGCCCUCCAUGGAGCAGCGCUUCAGCCAGCAGCGGGCCGAGGAUUUCCUGCGCAAGCAGGCCCGUUACCACGAGCGCUCGCGGGAGUUUAGCAGCUCCCGCAGCUACGAGCAGCCUGAUGCAGAGGGUCUUGAGGCCCGACGGCAGCGCGGCGGGAGCAAGGAGGCUGAUCUGAACCAGGACGGCACCUACCGGGACCUGGACUAUCCCAGCCAGGCUCAGGAGAGCAGCCAGGAGCAGGGUUACCGCGACAGCGCCUCGGAGCGGAUCAGAGCUGUCGACCCCCACCGCAGGCACCAGCGCUGUCAAGGGGGCAGCAAAGAGAGCCGCAGCGGGUCGCCCCGGCUGGCCGAGGGCGAGCGGGAUCAUCGGCGGCACCGGGCUCACCGCCGGAUUGGAGAGGAGGGCGGCGGGGCAGGGGAGGGCAGCAAGGUGGAGCGGCGACUGCGGCACCGGGAAGGGAGCCGGCCCUCCUGCGGGAACGUGGAGGGUGAGCAGCCCGACGGGGAGAGACGUCGGCGCCACCGGCAUGCCGCGCAGUCCACCUAUGACACCGGCGGCAAGAGGGACGACAGGGAGAGGCGGCACCGGCGCAGGAAAGAGAACCAAGGCCCCAGCCCAGUGCCCGGCCCGAACCUCUCCACCACGCGGCCGAUCCAGCAGGACAUGGGGCGCCACGAGCCACAGGUGGCGGAGGACAUAGACAACAUGAAGAACAACAAACUAGCCACCACGGAGCCCUCGAUCCCCCACAAUACCAGCCACCUCCAGAGCCCAGCCAAGGUGGGCCACCAUGCCAACUGCAUGGCCAUCCGGGCAUCCCACAACCUUCCUGGCACCCUGGGCCAGCCGCCCCCCAGCUCCCAGAAUGCUGCCAACCGCCAGGCACCCAGCAACCUGCCCCAGCCAGGGCCCCCGAAAACCCCCGAGAACAGCCUUAUAGUCACCAACCCCAGCACCCAGAACAACCCAGCCAAGGCUGCCAAGAAGCCCGAGCACACCACAGUGGAUAUCCCAGCCACCUUCACACCACCCAUCAACAACACCGUCGUGCAAGUGAAUAAAAAUGCCAAUCCAGACCCACUGCCAAAGAAGGAGGACGAGAAGAAAGAGGAGGAGGAUGGCGAGCAGGAGGAGAAUGGGCCCAAGCCCAUGGUUCCCUACAGCUCCAUGUUCAUCCUCUCCACCACCAAUCCGUUCCGCAGGCUCUGCCAUUACAUCGUGAACCUGCGCUACUUUGAGAUGUGCAUCCUGAUGGUGAUCGCCAUGAGCAGCAUCGCGCUGGCCGCUGAGGACCCCGUGCAGCCCAAUGCUACCCGGAACAACGUUCUGCGCUAUUUUGACUAUGUCUUCACGGGCGUCUUCACCUUUGAGAUGGUCAUUAAGAUGGUCGACCUGGGGCUGGUCCUUCACCAAGGCGCCUAUUUCCGGGACCUGUGGAACAUCCUGGAUUUCAUCGUGGUCAGCGGAGCACUGGUGGCCUUUGCCUUCACAGGCAGCAGCAAAGGGAAGGACAUUAACACCAUCAAAUCACUGCGUGUCCUCCGUGUCCUCAGGCCCCUGAAAACCAUCAAGCGAUUGCCAAAGCUCAAGGCUGUCUUUGACUGUGUGGUGAACUCUCUCAAAAACGUCCUCAACAUCCUCAUCGUCUACAUGCUCUUCAUGUUCAUCUUCGCUGUGGUGGCCGUCCAGCUCUUCAAGGGCAAGUUCUUCUACUGCACGGAUGAGUCCAAGGAGUUUGAGAAGGACUGUAGGGGCGAGUACCUGGUCUACGAGAAGGACAACGAAGUGAAAGCCCAGAAGCGGGAGUGGAGGAAAUACGAGUUCCACUAUGAUAACGUGCUGUGGGCACUCCUGACUCUCUUCACUGUGUCCACGGGGGAAGGCUGGCCACAAGUCCUCAAACACUCGGUGGAUGCCACCUAUGAGAACCAGGGCCCCAGCCCCGGCUAUCGUAUGGAGAUGUCCAUCUUCUACGUUGUCUACUUCGUGGUCUUCCCAUUUUUCUUCGUGAACAUUUUUGUGGCCUUGAUCAUCAUCACGUUCCAGGAACAGGGAGAUAAGAUGAUGGAGGAAUACAGCCUGGAGAAGAACGAGAGAGCCUGCAUCGACUUUGCCAUCAGUGCCAAGCCCCUGACCCGGCACAUGCCUCAGAACAAGCAGAGCUUUCAGUACCGCAUGUGGCAGUUCGUGGUGUCGCCGCCCUUCGAGUACACCAUCAUGGCCAUGAUCGCCCUCAACACCAUUGUCUUAAUGAUGAAGUUCGAUAAGGCCUCAACUGCUUAUGAGGACGUGCUAAAGAUGUUCAACCACGUCUUCACUUCAUUAUUUUCCCUGGAGUGUCUGCUGAAGAUCAUGGCCUUUGGAGUGCUGAAUUAUUUCCGUGAUGCCUGGAAUAUCUUUGAUUUUGUCACAGUUCUGGGUAGCAUCACAGACAUCUUAGUGACAGAGUUUGGGAACAACUUCAUCAACCUGAGCUUCCUGCGGCUCUUCCGUGCUACCCGCCUCAUCAAGCUCCUUCGCCAGGGCUACACCAUCCGCAUCCUGCUGUGGACCUUCGUCCAGUCCUUCAAGGCCCUUCCCUAUGUCUGUCUGCUGAUUGCCAUGCUCUUCUUCAUCUACGCCAUCAUCGGCAUGCAGGUGUUCGGUAACAUUGGCAUCGAAGACGAAGAGGAGGACUCGGCUAUCACAGAGCACAACAACUUCCGCACUUUCUUCCAGGCCCUCAUGCUUCUGUUCAGGAGUGCCACCGGCGAGGCGUGGCACGAGAUCAUGCUGUCGUGUCUGAGCGGGAAGCCCUGCGACGAGAACUCGGGGAUCAAGGAGCAUGAGUGUGGCAACGAGUUCGCCUAUUUUUAUUUUGUCUCCUUCAUUUUCUUCUGCUCCUUCCUGAUGCUGAACCUGUUUGUGGCCGUCAUCAUGGACAACUUUGAGUACCUGACCCGAGACUCCUCCAUCCUGGGGCCCCACCAUCUGGACGAGUACGUGCGUGUGUGGGCAGAGUACGACCCUGCUGCUUGGGGCCGGAUGACUUUCACGGAUAUGUAUGAGAUGCUGAGGCAUAUGUCUCCACCCCUUGGGUUAGGGAAGAAAUGCCCACCCCGGGUUGCUUAUAAGAGGCUGCUCCGCAUGGACCUGCCCGUGGCUGACGACAACACCGUCCACUUCAACUCAACCCUCAUGGCUCUGAUCAGGACCGCACUGGACAUCAAGAUCGCCAAAGGAGGAGCCGACAAGCAGCAGAUGGAUGCCGAGCUCCGGAAGGAGAUGAUGGCCAUCUGGCCCAACCUCUCCCACAAGAACCUGGAUCUCCUUGUCACCCCUCACAAAUCCACGGACCUGACAGUUGGGAAGAUCUACGCCGCUAUGAUGAUCAUGGAGUACUACCGGCAAAGCAAGGCCAAGAAGCUCCAGGCCAUGAGGGAGGAGCAGAAUCGAACGCCGCUCAUGUUCCAGCGUAUGGAGCCGCCGUCGCCCACCCAGGAGGGGGUCCCGGGGCCGAACGCUCUCCCGUCCUCCCAUCUGGACCAAGGGGGUGGCCUGAGUGCGCCUGAAGGGGGCAUCAAGGAGAGCCAGUCCUGGGUCACCGAGCGGGCACAGGAGAUGUUCCAGAAGACAGGCACCUGGAGUCCAGAGCGAGGUCGCCCCGAAGACAUGCCCAACAGCCGUCCCAAUUCCCAGUCUGUGGAGAUGAGAGAAAUUGGGAAGGACGGCUACUCAGACAGCGACCACUACCUCCCCAUGGAAGGGCACGGCCGGGCUGCCUCCAUGCCACGACUCCCUGCUGAAAACCAGAGGAGGAAGGUGCGACCCCGAGGAAAUAAUCUCAGUACGAUCACGGACACCAGCCCCAUGAAGCGCUCGGCUUCCAUGCUGGGCCACUCGCGCUCCAAAGGCAUCCGGCUGGACGACUACUCCUUGGAGAGGGUCGUUCCCGAGGAGAACCAGCGGCAUCAUGAGCGGCGGAGGGAGUGGAGCCACCGGGCCUCGGAGCGCUCGCUCAGCCGCUACGCGGACGGGGGCACAGGGCUGGGCACGGACCUGAGCAUGACCACGCCAUCGGGCGACCUACCUCCCAAAGAAAGAGACCAGGAGCGAGGACGGCCCAAGGACCGGAAGCAUCACCACCAUCACCACCAUCACCGGCAUCCCCACCCCUCCUCCGACAAGGAGCGCUAUUCGCAGGAGAGACACGAGCACAGCCGGCCCCGCUCCAGAGACAGGCGCUGGUCCAGAUCCCCCAGCGAGGGCCGUGAGCACAUGCCCCACAGGCAGGGCAGUAGUCCCGUAAGUGGCAGUCCAGUCCUUUCAACAUCCGGCACCAGUACCCCAAGGCGAGGACGCCGCCAGCUCCCACAGACCCCUCCGACACCCCGGCCACACGUGUCCUAUUCCCCUGUGGUCCGUAAGGUCAUCAGUGCAGGCCCCCAGCAGCAGCCGCAGUCAGUGCAUCACCCCAGCAGGAUAUCCACCCCCGCGCCGAGACGAUACCCCUCGCUCCCCGCCGACCCCCAGGUGGCGGAGCGGCCCGGCAGAUCGCCCGCCAUGGAGAGACACACGGUCCCGCCGCGGAACGAUUCGCCCCGAGCCUACCGCCACGCCAGCAGCCGGUGGUCGGUACCCCAUGUCUCCGAGCCGCACCCGGGACCCCGUCGUGGCGGUUAUUACCGGAGUCCGGACUGCGCCGCACCCCCCAGCAAGGAAGCCUUCUCCUACGAGACCACGCACGUCAGCAGCUCAGGGCGUUCGCCCAGGACUUCCCGGGCGGGAGGCGGCUCUUCACCCUCCAGGCCUGGGCGGCGACUUCCUAACGGAUAUUACCACUCCCAUGGAGCAGCCAAGCCACGCUCCCGCCAAGGACUGCAUGAACCCUCUAGCGAAACUGACGAAGAUGACUGCUGCUAACCUGGAAGCGGUUUGACACACACACGCACACUUGCAACACACACACACACACUGGACAGAGACGACAUUACCAGAUGGGUGGGGGGGCGGGGGGAGGAAAAGAACAUGGAAAUCACAACAAUCUGCCCUAUGGGGAGGUGUCUGAGAGAGAGUGCUCAAAUUGCAGAGAGGGAAGUAACUUUGGUUGGAGGGGUUUUCUCGGGGUGGGGUGGGGGACAGGGUUUUGGGAUGGGGGAGGACAAGGGUAUCUAGGAACCAGAGCAUGUUUAUCUUUUACAGAUCAAGUUGUGUGUGGUGGGGGGGGGGAACCACCCAGUUCUUCAGAAUCUAAAGAAGAUUUUAAAAAAACGGGAGAAGGGACUACAAUCCAUGCAAAAUGCUCUCAGGUAGCCUCUCCCACAUGCAGCAUCUGUCUGUGGCCCUGAGACAGCAGACCGGUUUUCCUCGGGUGCUUGGCAUGGCAGGGUGGGGAGGGGAGGGAUGUGCUUGGAUGUGACCCUCCACCCUCAACAAAGAAGUUUUGACAAAAAUUCCACACCAGAAAUAACAACAGCAACAAAUCUCGACAAAAAAAAAAAUAUAUCAGUAAAAAGGAGGGGGGAAAAAGACAAAAGUAUUUUUUUCUGAACUUCUAUUGAUGAGUUUUAUCAUCUCGACUUACCUGGUUAACUUCAAAACAAGUAAAGUUUGUGGCCUGCCAUUUUGAAGGACACGCACGUGCACAACCCCGACACACACACACACACACACAAAGGAGUGCUUGCUGGUUAUACCAAACCCUAAUUAUUACUGCCUGCAGAGAUAAACAAACAGAACCCCCCCACACACACAAAAAUGAGAAAUAAACAAAUACAACUAAACAGAAAGAAAAAAGACAAAAAUAAUAAUUGGGGGGGGAGGGGAAAGCAUUUUUCUUCCGACAUUUUGGUCCUGCUUGAAACUAACAAAACAAAAAACCCGAAAACGAAAAAAGAAAAAAAAAGUCCUUGGCUUCUUUUCCUUUUUCCUAUUUUGUUUGAGAAAAAAAAUUAAAAGAAAAACACCCCCGUGGGAUUGGGACUGUGAAAUAUUGCAUGAGAAAACUACAAAAAAAAAACGUUAAAAGAAACAAAUGAGAAAAAACACACACAAAAACCCUAAAAAAAUUAAAAAAAGGAAUUUUUGAUUGAAA